AUGGUUGGGAAUGCAAUCACUUGCAAGCGGAGGAAGGUGAAAACUGGUUGUGCCACUUGCAGAAUUAGAAGGGUCAAAUGCGACGAAGCCAAGCCAUUCUGCCAGAAGUGUGUCAAUACUGGGCGCACUUGUGACGGCUAUGAGUCCCCUUUCAGAGUCUUAACUCGUGAGACCAUUAACGGCGGCAACACUGCCGAAAUCAAGCUAGUGUCUGGCUUGCAACCCGUUAGAUCCACCUUUGCUCAAACCACCCCUAGAGAAAUCGACCUGCUGAACCGAUACUUUUCUAUAAAGACCAUAUUCGAUGUAGAGCUAGGCUGUGACCAAGAAGCCAGGCGAAUUCUUGAGGCCAGUCUAGUUGAGCCAUCUUUAAAACACGCGGUCUCGUCUCUUAAAGCUCUUCGGGAAGAUCUCGAGACUACCGGAGACUGGCCCGCAUCAUUCGCGCAGCAAACCCCGAGCCAUAACAAUGGGCUCCGCCAGUACAACCUGGCUUUAGUUGGUCUCGCGUCCAAACUAUCUUCUCUUGGCCCUGACAGUUUGGAUUCUGCAUUACUUUGCUGUCAGGUUUUCAUUAGCAUUGAGCAAGUGCGGAAAAAUUACUCUGCUAUGGCUCAACAUAUCAUUCAAGGACUCAGGAUCAUGCACGAGUACCGUGCAAGGCCAUAUCUUGAUGCGGAUAAUAACAUAGCAUCGGCACACCAUAGAAAAGUACCACUUCUAGAUGUUUUUGUCAUCAAGAUAUUUGCUGCACCCUGUAAGUUUGCACAGGCUCCUCCAGAUGUCGAUACAAGCGAGUCGGCGCUGUCAUUGGAUAGGAAUUCGCCGCGAAUACAGCAUUUCGAAGCUCGCAAUCUUCGUACCAUUGCACCCAACAUGCGAUCAGAGCUUACGAGAAUCGCCACAUUAACGCUCGAAUUUCUUGACCAAGUGUCGCGAGUGGAGUCGACAACAGACGCUCUCCAAUUGCUAACUGAGAGAGAAGUUCUACUAAACUCCUUAAAAUCCUGGCUUUUCGAUCUUGAAAUGAAUCACACACAUGGCUUUCAUGAUCUCGAACCUAUUCCAGUGUGUUUCUUACGCUUGUUUCAUACGAUUUUGAAAAUUGCGCUUCUGGGAGCCCUACAAUUCUCACCAGAUACACAUACGGCGCUGUCGACCGAGUAUACGCAGCUGCAGACCUUAGCAAAUAAGGUCAAUGAGAGGCUUAGAACAUAUACAACCUCCUACUGGAACAAUGCUGGACGGAAAUAG